AUGCAUGAGAAUGGGACAAAUGAUAAUGUCACCUCAUGUACCUUACAACCUUCACCUUCUUGUUUGGUUGUCCAUCUCUGUCUCUCGAUCCAGCUUUUCUCUUCCUCCGUUGGGGUCCUGCAUGGUGUACCUGGCUCCACCCUGGUCAUCCCAUGUCUCCCUGGCCAAAAACAACAAAGCUUUGCAGGGGCUAAGAUCGCCUGGAAAUACAAUGACUCCCUGGUUCCAGACUACCCAGAAUCCUCAGAGCAACUCAAGCUCUCCCCGGAUGGCUUCUUUCUGGAAAUCUCUCCUGUCAGUGUAGCCAACGAGGGGGAAUAUGAAUGUGUGAUCAAGCAGAUUGAUAUGGAGUGGCAAAAAGUGCACAUAAUCCAGGUUGAUGUGUCCAGCAGCUACAUUCUCAAGGUAAGCGAAGGGUCCACUGUGAAUUUACCUUGUGAACGCCCACCAUCCAGCAAAGACCAAGUCCAUUGGUACAGAUAUGAUAAAGUGAUGAGGAACGGCACCCGGAAGCAGUUGAAUCCCGCAGAGACUGGAGAAAUGGAGGAUGGUGACAGACUAGAAUGGCUUUUUGGCCCCUUUGAAAAAGAUGUGACAAUAACACUUUAUGGGGUCAAAAUGGAGGAUGCUGGCAUGUACUACUGUGAGACAGCUGAGGAGGGCAGAGACCGCAGCAACUUGAAUACAAUUGAGCUAAUUGUGGAAGGUAUGGUCGGGGCAUGA